ACAUGAAAGUAUUGUGAUACAUGCAAAAUCCUACCAUAUAUAUAUAUACAUAUAUUUGCAUAUAUAUGGUAAAUUACCAAUUAAUAACUAAUUUAUUUCCUAAUUAGUUCAGGUCUCCAUCUCUGAAUCAUCUAUAUAAACACCUUCAACAUCUAUCAUAGUAAAUCAGAAAAAAGAACAGAAGAAAGAAAAGAAAAAUAAUAAUCAAUCACACGCCUGAAGGAUUAUUAAUCCAACAAUCAUAAACACCAUGACAAGAAAUCCCAAGAACAAGAAGAGAAACACUAAAGCUGUUUCGAGUAUGUUCGAUAGCAUUCCCCAUGAAUUGGUUUCCGAAGUUUUAAGCCGAGUUGCAUCGUCUUCCAUCAAGGACAUCUUCAACGCCAAAUUAAGCUGCAAGAUGUUGAAUGAAAUCGCCGAAGAUACGUACGUGUAUCAACGUGUAUCGCUAGACGAGGUUCCGAUCAUACCAUGGAAACCGAUAAGCCAAGAACAAGUAACAUUCUUGAAUAGGUGCCUACAGUCUGAAAACCCCGAGUCGUUGUAUAGACAAGCAGUUGUAAGUUUCUUGAUUUCAAAAAAUUAAUUACCAACGAACUUUAUCGAAUUAGUUAAUUUACAUUAAUCAAGAUUUAAUUAAUUUUCUAUUUUUUUUAUAAAUAUUUACAGCUCGACUACUUCAGCAGAACGAAUCUUGAAUCAACGUGCAUGCACUUACAGAAAGCGGUGAAAAACGGCCACACGGGCGCUCUGUACGUAACAUGCAUUGUUUUGCUCUUCAGUGGGGACGAAGAACUCAAGCAACAGGGCAUCAAGUUAUUGGGGAACAUGAAAAAGACGAACGGAUUGAAGAGAAGGCUUCGAAUUUGCCGCAAUAAUUUGAAUAGCAUUCUGGAGAUGAUUUGGGUGAAGAACCCGGUUUUGCUGGAGCCGCCGGUUUGCUGUACGGCCCAAGAUCCGCACCACAGGAAAAGGCGAUGGUCUGAAGUAGAGGAAGAUGUCACGUGCGAGGCUUGUGUUGCUGAUCAAGAGAUUAAUUUACUUAGUGGUAGAUACAAUUUUGAUUAAUCAUUUGAUUUAUUAGCAUUAUUUGUGAGGUAGCUAGUGUCCAUUGUUCCAAUUGAUAACUUCAAAACUUCAACUUUGUGAUUUUCUAUAAUUAAUGAUAA